AUGACACCCACAGCUCUCGGCUUGCUUCUGGCCCUGCUGCCUCUCACCUCGACGCUGCAGAGCCAAGCUGGUACGCGGCGGCAGGGCUGGACGCCAGAGCCCACGGAGCCUGCCCUGCGCCGGCUGUCCCACUACCUGCUGACCCACUACCAGAAGGGCACCCGGCCCGUGCGGGACUGGCGAACAACCACCAACGUGGCCAUCGACCUCAUGGUCUACGCCAUCCUCAGCGUGGAUGAGAAGAACCAGGUGCUGACCACCUACAUCUGGUACAGGCAGCACUGGACGGACGAGUUCCUCAGGUGGGACCCGGCGCGCUUCGACAACCUGACGCAGAUCUCCCUCCCUGUGGAGAGCAUCUGGGUGCCCGAUAUCCUCAUCAACGAAUUUGUGGACGUCGGAAAGUCCCCCCAUGUCCCCUACGUCUACGUUGACCACCACGGGGAGGUGCAGAACCUCAAACCCAUCCAGGUGAUGACCGCCUGCAGCCUGGACAUCUACAACUUCCCUUUCGACGUCCAGAACUGCUCGCUCACCUUCACCAGCUGGCUGCACCACAUUCGCGACAUCAACCUCUCGCUGUGGCGGCAGGCGGAGCUGGUCAAGUUCGACCGGAGCGUCUUCAUGAACCAGGGCGAGUGGGAGCUGCUCUACGUCCUCACCCAAUUCCAGGAGUUCAGCGUCAAGAGCAGCGACAGCUAUGCUGAGAUGAAGUUCUACGUAGUCAUCCGGAGGCGCCCCCUCUUUUACACCGUCAGCCUGCUGCUCCCCAGCAUCUUCCUGAUGGUUAUGGACAUUGUGGGCUUCUACCUACCUCCCAACAGUGGAGAGAGGGUCUCUUUCAAGAUCACCCUCCUGCUGGGCUACUCAGUUUUCCUCAUCAUCGUUUCUGACACAUUGCCGGCUACUGCUGUCGGCACCCCAUUAAUAGGCAUCUAUUUUGUGGUGUGCAUGGCGCUGCUCGUCAUCAGCCUGACGGAGACCAUCCUUAUUGUGCGCCUGGUGCACAAGCAAGACCUGCAGCCCCACGUCCCUGCGUGGGUGAAGCACCUGCUGCUGGAACGAGCCACUGUCCUGCUCUGCAUCCGGGACAGGAAGAAUUUCAGCCAGACUGGGACACAGAGCUCAGACAUCUCCAGGCAGGUGGAGAACAAUGACAGCACAGCCAAGCUGAACCACUACGGCUGUGAGGACCCCCGGGAGUGUGAGGCGGUGGGGGCCAUGAGGCCCACCCCGGCCUUUGCCAGCCAGGCAGAUGGCUCCCUGCUGAUGCACGGUGUCCUGCGCGAGAUCACCGCCAUCCGCCAGUUCCUGGAGAAACGCGAGGAGUUCCGCGACGUUGCCCGUGAGUGGCUGCAAGUGGGCUACGUGUUGGAUGUCCUGCUCUUCCGGGCCUACUUGGUGGCCGUCCUGGCUUACACCAUCACACUGGGUACCCUCUGGUCGGUGUGGAGGGAUGCCUAAGAGGUGCCUGCCUUUCGGGGCAGGGAAGGUGGGGACCCCGCAAGCUGCCCUGCUCCAGCACCUGCUCCGCAGCUCUGGGACUCGUUGGCGUUUGCUGACACAGGCUGGUGCAUCCACCGCCUUCCCCCAGCUCCGGAGCAGCAGCGCUUGAGCAGGAAGGCAGAGCUGAGGAGAGCCCCCAGGCACCCAUGACCUCUGCACAAGCCUUGCAAAAUGCCUCCCCCUCCUCUCGCCCCAACCCGGCGCGACUGCAGCCACCGCUUCAGCACCGUGGACAGCGGCCCCGCCGCCCCGGGUCUGGGCUGCGCCUGCUCGGGGGUCCCGUCCCUCGCCCCGGAGGCUCCCUGCCCCUCGCCCCAGCUGUCCCGGGGAGCCCCCCACCUCUGUGCCCGGAGCACCGGGAGCCCCAUGCAUGUGCUCCCUUCCUUCCGCCUGCUCGUGGGGCUCCCGGCAGGUCUUUGUUCCUGAUACGUAGCCCCUGGGCACAGUCGCCCGGCAGAUGCCCAUCGUGCUCUUGCCCUGCAUACAGUAAGCUGGCAGAGCAGCAGUGCCAGCCAACAGCAAAUUAACCGGGGUGCAAGCAGGACUGGCUCUCUGGACACGUGGUGCUGGAAGAGACCUGAAAGGCCACCGACUGCUAUUGAUAGUGCCCCCCUCCCCAGCUCCCACUCUCCAUCCCUGCCAGGGGAUGUGGCUAAGAGGAGAUAAAAGAACUGCUGGCUGCAUCCCAGAGCAGGGAGUUGAGCCGAAACUACAAGGAGCAGAGCUGCUCAAUGCAGUUACCAUUCCCAGAGAUGGGAGUGUUGUGGCAAGAAACACUGAUGGUGUGGUCCCCAGCCCCAAGUGCUUGCCCGAGAGACUGUAAAAGUACAGCUCGUUCCUCACGCCGGUAACAUACCUGAGCAUGGGCACCAUCCUCAGAAGUUCUGGAGAUAAGGGGAGAGCCCAUCCUGGGCUCUGGGAGCACCACUGCAUACAACUGGUCUGGUGGUGGUGGAGUGGAGGUGGACUGACAGUGGCUGGCUCCCCUACAUCCACCCUGAAUCGCACUGGCCCCAGACCAAGGGCCCCGUGCAGUGUCCUGGAGCUGUCACCUGCAGGAAAACUUCCCACUGAGUGACGGGGGGCUGAGGACGGGUGCAGCAGGCUCCUGCCAGCGCCGGCCUGCACUAAUGUGCUGAUGGUCUGUAAGUGGCUGCCUAUUGAUGAGGUGUCCAGUUAAAGAGUUCACGAGACACUAAAUCAGCCCAUUGAUCCUGCCGAGAUCGAUGGUGCUACAGACCUGAUCACUGCAGUGGGCAAUUAACACCCUCUGGAAUGAGCCGCCUUCAUGUUACAUCAAACGCUCCAACAGACAAAUCCAAUGGGCCCAUUGACCCAGGCAGGUGAUGCCACCCAGCCCUCAUGUUCUGGGGGGAAGCGGGGUGACAGGACCCCCAAGCCAGCCUCACUAGCCUGCUCCUGCCCAUGGGGACCCCCCGUGAGAUGCCCACCUCUGCCGUCGCAUCCCACGGACCACGUUGGUGAGGGCUUGGUCCACAUCCUCCUCUGCACUAGGAAUCCAUCCUGCAUCCAACCUAACCCCGUUGUGCAGCUCCAUGGUCCUACCCCCUGUAAGAGCAGCUUACCCAUGCUGGAGGAAAGAUCCAGGUUCUCCCUUUACCCUCUUGCUGCUUUGGGAAGUGCUGCAUGCGGGAAAAAGUUCUAGGCAUCUCUCUGAGUGGAGCCUGGAUUUUCCUCUUUAAAAAAAAAAAUAAAUCAAUAAAUCUGAAUCUAAUCUCCUAAUAAAGGUUUAAUGAGGACAUAAUGU